AUGGCUAGAAGCAAAAUGCUUUGUCAGAGUGACAUCAUGAAGGCGGAGAUUUUCGCGUCUUACAAGGCCUUUCUUCGACAAACGCGAAAGCUUCCAACGCAAUACCUUAGGCAGUUCUGGCGUCUCAAGGCCUUUGACGAUGUUCGUGCAAUCCUUGGGGCUCAAACUCUUCACAUUCGUCAAACCAAACUUCAGCGAAUGGCAAAGGACACCCGCCGUCUGGAAGCUGCAAACAGCCACAAAAUCCAUGCCUUGGAUCACGUCCUGAAGGUAGCCUAUGGUCGCAAGGGCAAGCUCAAACGCGAACUUAUCGAGCCUCUGUUGUCUGACCCCAAUGCGCCGUUACCUACACCAAUAAUACCUGGCGUCGAAGAUUCGCGACCGCCGAUAUACUCGCCAGAACUGAGGGCCCUGCUAACGUCUUCUGCGUCUCGGCCGUCGGCAGUCUUGAGAAAUGACGCACUGGAAACACCCCCCACAUUGCCUGCUCGGGCUAAUCCCAAAUCUGAGGAAGCCAAGCUUCUAGGUCCCUUCAGCAAACGACGUGAAGUCAACAUUCGAUGGCGGCACUUUGUGAAGGAAUCGCGCAAAGUCAAGCCACCACUCCAGGUCACGGUGAACGACAGUUCAGGCUCUGUUAAAACCGAAGCUACUCGUGAAGUUGGCAUUCGUUCGUUGCCAAUGCAGGAUUGGGGUGUUUUUGAAGACAUCGAAACUCACGCAACGUCUCCACACCUUUCACGCUGGAUCCGUCGCCGAUUCCAGACUCUUCUCAACGACGUGCCAGUUCUGCAGUAUCAGAGCAACAAAAAGUACACUGUCGCACUCUCUGAGCAAAGGCUCUCAUCCGACCAACAAAAAAAGCUGAACGUGAUGGACGAUGCGGAUGUCAAGUGGUUGGAGCGCUAA